AUGGCGGCUGCUGGAGUCAACAUUUGCGUUGAAGCCGUACAAGAAAACCAAAUUCAAGAAUGUCGAGUUGUGGAGAGAACAGAUGGAGAGGGCCAGGAGAUACAAGAAGUAUACGUUCAGCCGCUGUCCAUGUCAGAGAACUUAAGUAAACUUGCCCACAAGAUAGACUUUUACAAAGAUGAAUCUGAUGACAAGAAAGGAUCGUCGGGUGACAUUGACAAGGAAAGUGAUGAUAAGAAUGCUACAUCAUUCCAGCCAUCACUUUGGCCCUGGGACUCCGUCAGGAACAAAAUCAAGGGCUCCCUGACGGAGAUGAGUGUACUUCUGGAUGUUCUCAAUAUUACCAAGGAGAAGCGCUAUAUGAUCCUAGACCAGGUGUCCCAGCCUUCACCUGAUCCCAAACCUCAACUUCAACUCCAACUCCUCUCCAAGAAAUCGGCCCUCAAUGAGGCGACAAACGUCUUGUUAAGUGGGGCGGAAAGAUUACGACGAUCACAGUCUGAGAUGGGUAGUAAACCACAGGGAGAUUUCCACAUGGAGCUGCUCAAACUCCGACAGAACUGGCGACUGAAGAAGGCUGGCAAGUUGAUACUGGGGGACCUCAGCUACAAAUCAGCUGGAUCACGAUACUGGCAGGGAGGAACAUUUGAGGUGGUCAAGAGUACUACUGUUGGCGAGGGAUCUGAAUCUGGGGCCAUGCUACCUAAGGGCAGUCUAGAGGUCAUAAUUCCUAGUGAACUGGAGGGUGUUGCAUACAUUCAAGUGGAGGUCAAGGUGGUCCCAGAGGCCAUGGACUUGAUGAGUGCCAUUCUGAAGAUCUCCUCUGGCCUUGGCACCAUACCUACUGAUGCUUACUGGAAGCAGAAACUCGAGGUGGCACAGAACGUCCUCUUCUGUAAAGAAAUUUUUGCACAGUUGGCCCGAGAAGCAGUCCAAAGUAAAUCGUCAGUACCUCAUCUAGUCGUGGGCAACCAAAUCAUCACAAAUAUAUUCCCUGGUAUUCAACUUUCCAUUGUACUGUGCCAUUCUCCUGGGAAAGAGAAAGAGAAAAAGCAGUCAUCAACGCCUCACAAAUUGGACCACAAUCACGUUUUAGAGCACUCCCUCCAUCAGCUAUUACGUGAGCUCCACUUCAAAAAUAUCCACUUCUCGCCACCACAUCCUGUCACAGCAGUCAUCGGCAUCUCAAAGAAACGGCGACUUGCAGGACCCAAUGCCCUGUCACGCUCAGAACUGACUGAAAUGAUUGAAAAUGAAAGUUUACUGCAUCAGAUCAUCAAGCAGACAAAGCACAGUGUUUUACGCCUCAGAACCAUGAAGACAAUAGAUCGCUAUGCUUCCUCACAGAAGGAUCCUAACUUAGCAACACACUGGAACUGUACCAACAACAGUUUAGAGGCAAGCUGUCGGGUAGUUAUCACAUCCCAGGGAUAUGAUCUGCGGGUAUGGCACAGUUUUGUGUUGAACAUCGGAGUGGACAUGGUAAAGGCUGUCACACGUGAGGGGCGUGUCUACACAUUUUCCUAUGAGGAGCGGGAACUGGAAGAUUUCAUCAUGUGGCAGAUAUCUCAGCACCAGUUAAGUGUUUCCCAGAACCUAGCCCGAAUGAUGGGAUGGCAGAUGCUCAGUACCAGUACUGCCCUUGGUGUGGGGGACAUGGAGGAUGUGAGCACAGCCUCAUCACUAGUACUAGCUUCACCAAACCAUGAUAGGGUACUGGCAAUCAAGAGUGGGCCAAGUAGUGGUGUAAAGGUCUUCCUCCAGUGCCAUUCCAAAGAUCACAACAGCAAGAACAGGGCUGUAUUAAAGGACAUUAAAUGGCAAAGCAUUGGUACAGACUUUCAGUCUGUUGACCUUGAACGGUUUGAUGGACGUAGUUUUGCAUCAAAGUUUGAACUCUUGUUGGCAGUGCUCACACGAUCAUCAAAGUGAUAGCUAUAAAUAUGUAUUUAUAGUCUAUUUUUUGUGACAUAUGGAGGUAUGCUGGAGAAGAAGUUUUAAUUGGAGGAAUUGUAUGAUGCUUCAAAUUAUAAAUGCAUGAUGGUCACAGAAAUGUGAGCUGAAUGUCUGAUCUGACAAACAAUAGGCUAGUAGAUUGUUCUCUGACAAACAUGGCCCCAAGUAGAUCACCUGACAAACAGUUGACAAAGGAAUUGCUGUCUAAUUAGUAGGACGUCCAUUGCAUCAUGGGAUAAACAUAUGCCAGUGGAGCAUUAGAUAACGGAUGCCCAGUGGAGCAUUAGUUAACGGAUGCCCAGUGGAGCAUUAGAUAAACAGAUGCCCAGUGGAGCAUUAGAUAAACAGAUGCCCAGUGGAGCAUUAUAUAAACGGAUGCCCAGUGGAGCAUUAGAUAAACGGAUGCCCAGUGGAGCAUUAGAUAAACAGAUGCCCAGUGGAGCAUUAGAUAAACAGAUGCCCUGUGGAGCAUUAGAUAAACAGAUGCCCAGUGGAGCAUUAGAUAAACAGAUGCCCAGUGGAGCAUUAGAUAAACACAUGCCCAGUGGAGCAUUAGAUAAACACAUGCCCAGUGGAGCAUUAGAUAAACGGAUGCCCAGUGGAGCAUUAGAUAAACAAACGCCCAGUGGAGCAUUAGAUAAACGGAUACCCAGUGGAGCAUUAGAUAAACACAUGCCCAGUGGAGCAUUAGAUAAACACAUGCCCAGUGGAGCAUUAGAUAAACACAUGCCCAGUGAAGCAUGGCAUAAACUAUUGCAUGCUCUCAAUGAAUUGUCUAUCAAGCAGGCAGCCUAAAAUAUAUAGUUGUCCUACAUUCAUGAGUUUAACUGUUUUUUUUAUACCAAUUUCAGCCCAUCACAUGGUUCAGUGAUCGGGUGCCUACUUUUAAUUAGUAAUGUUUUUUUAUAAGCAAACCGCUAUCUUUCAAACAAAACAUCAUAACUCAUCUUUCAUUCAUUUGAUUAUAGACAGAUUUGUUAAAUGUAGGUUUAUUUCGACUAGAAACACUUCCAAACAUCAUCUCUUUGACAUGUAUGUAUGACACUGAUGUCUUAUACUAGAGAUAGACAUACCUACGCUGCGUUUAUAUCAUCAGCUCACUUGUCAACACAACUAAAUGUAUUUCUGUCGAAUUGGAGUACUCUGCCAAGGAUAAUAAGAUAUCACUUUAUAAAGCCCAGUGCUCUUUGUUAGUUGUGUUAAGACAUUGAUGAUGAAUGAAGCCUGUUAAAAAAGUCAUAUACAUUUUGUAUUUCUUAUUGAAGAUAAGAAUUUUACAUCCGAAAGUUAUUUCACAGAAAUUGUGGAUUGUGUACAAUAAAAUGAUAUUGAUUA